AUGGUCACCACUCUAACUGGUCGUACAAAAACAGAUGUAAGAGGAACGCAGCUGUUUGAUACGAUUGUUGACAAAGAUUAUGUUAACCUGAAUGAUGGCUCUACAACUCGGCUUAAGUUAGUCAAUGGUAAUGUUCAAAAAUCUUCCCCGGAUGUUACCUUCGUAACUAAUGACAUUGCGUUGGAUUUCAUUUGGAAGGUUCUUAAUGAAUCUUUAGGAAGUGACCACCUUAUUAUUAAAUUUACAACCGCUAAUUGCUGUGCGACUGACGCUGAUAAUAAAAAAAGGAACUUCAAAAAAGCAAAGUGGGAGGAAUAUAGGCGCACCCUACAUGCAAUAUUCUCUGUUUUGGUCUUGGCAAGUGAUCCUCAGGAAGCUUAUAACCAAUUUAUUAAUGCAGUUAAUUCGGCGGCAGAUAGAUAUAUCCCCACGGUAAGAAUGUGUACAGAUCCUUUACGUCUACAGAAAUUUGUACCGAAACCGUACUGGAAUUCAGACAUAUCAAGGGCAGUUGCAGAAAGAAGACUUGCGUUGGUUACUUUUAGAAAGAACCCUACGCCAAAUAAUUUGGAUUUACUUCAAAUAAAAGUCGCUUUUGCACAGAGGAUUAUACGCAGAGCCAAACGUAAAGCUUGGAGACAGUUUUGCAACACUAUUAAUGAAACCAUUUCAACCGUUGAGAUGCUGCGCCGAAUGAGAUGGAUUAAGGGAUAUCGAUUACCAAAGACAUACAUCGAUGAGGAUACAGCCAAUAGAUUAUUACGCAGCCUGACGCCUGAUUAUACUUCUUCAAGAAAACCAAAAUUUACUUCUGUUAAUACAACCUUGGAGAGUUCCAUUACAAUUCAAGAGUUUAAUCGUGCUAUUAAAGCCAAAGAUACGGCCCCAGGUGACGAUUCUGUAUCCUUUUCUAUGUUGAAACACCUCCCGGUGAAUGGAAAGCAUAUAUUAGUCAAGAUUUAUAACAUGUUUCUUGUAUCGGGAUUUGUACCAUUUCAAUGGAGACAAGCUAAAAUUGUUCCCAUACCAAAAGCAAGCUCCUCUACACAAUCUAUUCCUGAAAUAACAUUGGACAGUCAAAACGGU